UUUAUACUUAUAUGUUAGUUACAUGUCAAUGAUCCUGUGCCUGGAUCGUCGUCGUUUGUCCGUAUUAUAAGCGGAUCGGAUUUUCAUUGUCAUUCGCUCGUCGUCGAUCGUAUUUCGCGUGCGCGCGUGUGUGGCCGCGUGCGUGCCAAUGAUUACGCGUAUAUAUCAGAUCGCAACGUAACGAGCCCUGGGUGCGAUUGCGUGCGACAAAAGCACGUGUAUCGCUGAAAGGUGGGCCACGUGGAGUACACGCCACGAUGGAAGAAUGGGAAAAUUCGUUGCGCAGUCUCUCGCUUUCUCCUUGUCUCCUCGUGUUUCUCUCUCUCUUUCUCUUUCUCUCUUCUCCUUUCUCUCCCUCUUUUUUUUCUCUCUUUCUCUCUGCCUACCCAUUCUUUUUACCAUCGCUCUACUUGUUGCAGCCGACAAUAGCGUGCAUUAUCAGCCUGUCACGUCUCGGGGUUGAUAAAUCGAAGCGACGUCGGCGUCAUGUCCCUAUUACCUCUCUGCUUUCUUUCACUUCCUCGAAUUCGCCUCCGCGGAUCUGCCAACUCUUCUGUCUAUAUAUAAUUCACAGUCUAUAAGUCCCAUUCAGAGAUCUAGAUCGCUGGUAAUGGAUCACUCUUUCGUGAUACUUUUCUAGGCUCAAGCAGAGGAAAAUCUCUAUCGAGUUUCCGGAGAGAUCAUUGCAAGCCAUUGUGAAUGCCAAAUACGGCGUUUUAUGAGAGAAGCUCCGCCGUAUUAUGAAGACGUGACAGCAUAUGAUCAGAAAGUUCUUUUAUUACAAUGCAACAGUAAUGGCUACUCAUCUUAGAAUACAUUUAUACAGUAUAAUUAUUCACUUAGCAUGCAGUCGACUUGUACAUUGAAGUCCAUUUAUACUUUGUGCAGCUUCGGGUGGAGAUAUCGUGACUCGUUUUUUACUUCCUGAUUACAUCUCAUUUUAAUGAAAAAUUGGUUCUUUCUAAGUGAAAUAUAAAGUUACAAAAUUAGUUUAGGGAAAAGCUUACGGUAACAUGCUUUGAUUGUACCAAAGGGGGAGCAAAUUAAUUACGCUUAAUUCUUUUCAACAAAUUAAUUACGUUAGAUCAGUUUUCUCGUUUAAGGAGACCUGAAAAGAUUCAUGAGGUUCCCACGGAAAUUCCACUCGACAGGGCACAGAGUUGAGCUGUUACUAUCGUGAUAUGUGCAACCAUGUGCUUCCCGCACGGAUGUCACAAUAGGUUUAAUCGAUCUAAACCCACGAUGUUAAGCUGUUCCCGGUGUGAUGGAAGGGGAGACGACUUCGAAAUUGCGCUCAUACCUUGGCUGCGAGGUAGGCAUGUAGGUAUAAAAUCGAAUGAUUCCUCGAUCAAAGUGACAGUAUUCGGAUCUAUCCUUGCGGUGUAUCGUCACCGUGAUCCUUACCGUGCAUUAGCAUACUGAAACAUAAGAGAGAUGCAUCGCGCUAUUGUUACUAUCAUCACCACCGUCUGUUGUUUCCUCGUGUUGAAAGCCACGGCGGAAGAGGCUGUCCAACAGAAUCAACAAUCGCUGGACUUUGGAAAUGUCGCUAUCGAAGAUCAGGUCGAUGGAGGCGCGAUACACACCAGGGAAAAGAGAACGUUGUUCUUGAAAAAGAAGUUACUGGGCGCUGGUCUUCUUGGUUUCGGUCUUGGCGUCGCGAAAGGUUACAAGGCUGGUUACUAUAGUGCACCGGAAGUACAUCACGUCUAUCUUUCGCCACCAGUGAAGUACGUGGAAUAUGUGGAGAAACCCAUUUAUAUAGAGAAAAUUGUUCCGAAACCUAUUUACAAACCGCAUGCUGAGUACGCUGCGCCAGUGUGGUCGCAACCAGACCCAACCUACGGUGCCUGGUAAAUUUAAAAUGCAGUUCGCGUUAACAACAAUGUAUCAGCCUGAUCUCCAUUACCUCGAAAUUUUAGAAAAUCAAUAAUUUUAGAAAACAAUCAAUAUUUGCGCGUGCAUCAUGUUGAGUCUCAGUCAGAUCAUCCAACUUUAAGUAUAAAGAUAACAAUAAGAUUAUCUAGAAAUAGUAAUUAGAGAAACUGUUAUUUUUGUUACUAAUGUUGCAGAUUAAUAAAUUACAGUUUGUAAAUAUAA